UGAUUGGCGGGAUAUCUGGCGGCACCCAAGUUCUCUCGGUUACAACGUACGACUUCUGGGCUCUUCGGUACCAGCGCUCGAGCAGAAACAUCGUAUCAAACACGCUUCCCCGUGUCGAUAUGCAGAUCCACAACCAGACGCCCGCGCGUUGCCAUCUUGCAUUCGCCUACCGUGCGGGGUCCAUGUACUCGGUACGACGACACCCCGCAUCGCUCUGCGGAGACGCGCGGGCAGGGGAAGGACGAUGAGCUGUCAUACAAUUGACGUGGUGCCGUGUUACAAACACCGGGAAAGCCUUCAGAUGGUCUCAAGUCAACAGCCAGAAGUCUGGACAUCAUCCGCAAGGUGACAGAGUGUCUAGCGUCAGAGCAGCCUGUGACUCCUGUGUGAACAAAGAUUCCACAUCACCAUCGAGGCAGUGAUCGAUAUCGAGGAUCAAAAUGAGUUCUCCCAAAGGCAUUUCCCUCCAACAGGACGAGGGCAGGCCGGACUACGCCAACGAGGCAGUUUUCCGACGAAACACGCUACCUCCGCGGUCCUACUACAUCCCGGAGACAGCCAUCCAGCUCAACGGCCGCUGGGAUUUUCACUACGCCUCGAGCCCACCGAAAGCUCCUGGCCCGACAUCUGCGCUGGACGAAAACUGGGCGAAGAUCCAAGUGCCUGGCCACUGGCAGCUGCAGGGAUACGGCAACCCUCACUACACAAACGUCCAGUACCCCAUUCCCGUGUGCCCGCCACACCCCCCGACCGAGAAUCCGACUGGCACGUACCGGCGGACAUUCCAUGUGCCGCCGUCGUGGGAUGCCGAUUCCCAGCUGCGGCUGCGCUUCGACGGCGUCGACAGCGCCUAUCAUGUCUGGAUCAACGGCUCCCUCGUGGGCUAUGCCCAGGGGUCGAGGAACCCUCAUGAGUUUGAUGUGACGCCGUACGUCCGCAGAGACGGCGCCAAUGAGGUCUCUGUGAGGGUGUACCAGUGGUGUGAUGGCUCUUACAUUGAGGAUCAGGACCAGUGGUGGCUUUCCGGUAUCUACCGUGACGUCCACUUGAUAGCCCUUCCGUCAAAGACGAGAAUCGAGGACUGGUUUAUCCGCACCGACCUGGAUGCCGAGUACAAGAAUGCAACCCUCGAUGUCACGGUCGAUGUCAUUACAUCAGCACCCGCCACAGUUGCCGCGACGCUUCGGGAGCCGCGCGAGAACGGAGGAUGCACUGUUGCUACCGCACAGCAUGAUGCGAGCAGCGAUGGCAAGAUCUCUUUCAGUAUUCCCGUCGAGAACCCGCAGAAGUGGACGGCCGAGACGCCGUACUUGUACUCUGUCGUGCUUUCUAUCACCGCGGGCGACAAAGCCCAGCACGUGCAUCAAAGGAUUGGGUUCCGCAAGGUCGAGCUGAAAGACGGCUUAAUCUGCGUCAAUGGGCGCCCCAUCCAGUUCCACGGCGUCAAUAGGCAUGACCACCAUCCUCGCUUCGGACGGGCUGUUCCCCUGAGCUUCAUUCGGCACGAUUUGCUGCUGAUGAAGAGACACAACAUCAACGCCCUGCGCUGCAGUCACUACCCCAGCCAUCCAAAGCUCCUGGAUAUUGCCGACGAACUCGGACUGUGGGUGAUCGACGAGGCCGACCUCGAGUGCCAUGGCUUCUACGAUGCUGUGGCACGGCCGCAGGACAUACCUGAGGAGAUGGACUACGAGGAGCGCAAGAAACUGACGUUUCCGAAAGCGGCCGAGUACACGAGCAACAACCCGUCUUGGAAGGCCGCUUAUCUCGACAGGAUGGAGCAGAUGGUGCAGCGCGACAAGAACCACCCCUCCGUCAUCAUCUGGUCUCUUGGAAACGAGGCCUUCUACGGGCAGAACCAUAAGGCCAUGUACGACUACGCCAAAGACGUUGAUCCGGGACGACUGGUGCACUACGAAGGAGAUGUUCAUGCCCAGUCCGCCGACAUGUACUCGUAUAUGUACCCCUCUGUCGACAGGCUAAUCAAGCUGGCCAAAACAGAGGGUGUCAGACCAGACGGGAGCUUUGACAAGCCUAUCAUACUCUGCGAGUAUGCCCACGCCAUGGGCAACGGGCCCGGGUGGCUGGGAGACUACGAAGAGGCAUUCCGCACCUAUCCCCGCCUCCAGGGCGGCUUCAUUUGGGAAUGGGCAAACCACGGCUUGUGGAAGGAGGACCCGGAUGGCAAGAAGUAUUACGCCUAUGGCGGCGACUUCGGAGACGUACCGAAUGACGGCGCCUUCGUCAUGGAUGGCCUGCUCCACAGCACGCACGAGCCGACUCCGGGCCUAGUCGAGCUCAAGAAGGUUAUCCAGCCCGUGAAAUUUGGGAUUGAGGACACAGACUGGCUGGUUGUCACUAACCUGCAUGACUUUGUUGCCCUUGAGCACCUCAGUGCGACCUACACGUUGGAAAGCUUCGGUCUUGAAGGGACCACUCUUCGUGAAUCUGGUGUAUUAGAUCUACCUAGCAUCGCGCCAGGCAAGACCGAGAAAGUGAGACUCGGAUUCGGAAGCGACUGGCGCAACUGCGGCACGGAUACCUACCUGACAGUCUCCCUCCGCCUUCACACCCCGGCUCCCUGGGCCGAGGCUGGUCACGAGGUAGCCUGGUUCCAGCAUCGCUACCGCGUGGAACAGCCCAAGAUCCCACAGGAACUCCCUCCCGUGGCCCAGAGCCUCGACGUGGACGGCACCGAUACCUCCAUCACAGUCACGGGCAACGACUUCACCUUCAUCUUCGACAAACACCGCGGCUACCUCACCCACUGGACAGCAGGCAGCACACACCUGCUCGAACCCGACCCGGCCACGGGCGCGGCCAUCAUCCCCUCCUUCUGGCGCCCGCCAACUGACAACGACAAGCCGGCCUCCCUGCCCUACUGGCAGCGCUUCGGCGUCGACGCCCUCACAAGCCAGCUCCGCUCCACCAACAUCACCACCACGGACAGCGGCGCCGCUGCAGAGAUCACAUUCACAACCUUCCUCACCCCGCCGGUCCUCGACUGGGGCUACCUGGCCACAACGACCUACACCAUCUCGGCCUCCGCCUCCUCCCCGGGCGGAAAGCUGACCAUUUCGGUCCGCCUCGCGCCCGCGGGCUCCUACCCGCCCAAACACGUGCCCCGCGCGGGCCUCAACCUCCGCCUGCCCCGCUCCGUUUCCGACGAAGUCGAGUGGCUCGGCCUCGGGCCGGGCGAGUCCUACCCGGACAAGCGCGCCGCGCAGCGCGUGGGCGUGUGGGGGCCCCUUGAGGUGACGACGGCGGCGGAGGGGGCGCGGAUGAUGAUGCAUACCCAUUAUGAAGUGCCCCAAGAAGGGGGCAAUAGGAUGGGGACGAGGUGGGUUAGCUUGCGAGGAGCGGGUGGAGCUGGGGGGUUGAGAAUUACUUCUAGUACUAAGGGUGACAAUGAUGAUGAUGGGUUUAGUUUCCGGGUGUCGAGGUACAGUGACAAGACGGUCCAGGCCGCGCGGCAUCCUUGUGACCUUGUUGAGGAAGGGGCGACGCUGUUGCGGCUGGAUGCGAAGGUUGCUGGGGUGGGCACGGGCGCGUGCGGGCCGGGCGUCAGGGAGGAUUUGCUUGUGCCGGUGGAGGAGAUGCAGUUUGGGCUCUGUCUUGAGCCGGUUGGUGUGUGAUGGGUGGAAUGUCUUCAAGGUUGUGGUGGGUGUCUACUACUACCUUAGGCGAACCAAUGGUAGAAAUAGCACCUAGGUAGGUGGUUUACGAACGCGCGAUUUGAGAAGCUCAUACAGAGCAUCCUAUUAAAACAGCCCAGUCAAUGGUGACUUGAGCGCCGAAGGGUGUAAAGAUGUAGGGCAAAAAGUGUGUAUUUAUGGGUGGGAAGGCCCAUGUGCUGUCGUUCCUCCCCUUUCAUCCUUCAUCUUCUUGCCAGGCCAUGACUCUUUG